GAUCAUUUUCUGUUUUGUCUUAAACAACCUAGACAUCAGCUUUGGUGAACAGGGAGAGGAGAAACAUGUCAGGGAGUUAACGUUUUUGACAAGUAGAGUUUUUUCAUGUUGUGAGGAAAAUUGAGAGUGAUGGUUGGAGGACAUGGAGGGGGGUUGGGGUAUGCCUAGCCUGAACACCCCGGUUGGUAAUAUAUGCAACCCUAUUGUAUUGAAUCAAUGCACCAUGGAUUAAUGGGGGCUAGAAGGAGCAGGAGGCUACAAUGGGGAGGCUGCAAAAUGAGAUCUUCUGCCUCGUGGUAAGAAACAGUAUGAAACAAAGUGAAGAACCAGCAGCACCAUUCAGACUCUUAUCCAAGGGCAACAAAGUGUUUUCAAAGUUCAUAUCUUGGUUGUCAUUCCUUUGUUAUUUUUCCUCUACCAACUGCAAAUAAGGACCCAAGGACAGACAAAUGAGAGUUUUUUUUUUCCUUAACAGGCAGAUAUACACAGGCAGCAAAAGAAUCUUCUGCUUCACAGGUUGCGGUGUUGCCGUGUGCACUCUGAUUUGUUGUGGUUCUGUACCGUUUCAUCUCUCUACAAAAGUUUGGUAUCAAGAAAAAGCCAGAGCACUGCAAAACAUCCUCCCUGAACUAAGGUAAGACUGUUUGAUUAAGCUCUUAUACAGAUGGUUCGGAUUUAACACACCCUCAAGAGACUGCAGAAAAGAGAUAUUCAUGUAGAGUGGAAGGUAAAAUUUAGCUUAUCCUUAGUUAAUAUAGUACAGGCAAAAUGAAAUUGCUUGAAAAACAAAUAGGAUAGGAAGAAUAAAGAAAUGCGACCCCAUACUAGUGUUUUAUGCGCUCAAGUCAUCGGUUUGACACCUGUUGAAUGCAAACUGGUGGGAUGGAGGGUGAUGCUGUUUAUAGGCCACAUGCUUUGUUUCAGUGUCUCUGGGAAACACUGAAACAAAGCAUGAGACUGUGAGAACAUCUCAGCUUAUAGUGUUUGUUAAAAACAAAUUGAGCACAAUAAGAAGAAAAGGCUGAGAACAAGAAGAGGAAUGAGUGGAAGUGGGACGAGAACGAUAAAGACAGAAAAAGGAAACAUCGUAUUAAACAAUAUGAUUUGGUGAUAAUCAACAUGUUGAUGCAAACCCUGUUGUUGGUGUUCUUCUUCCAAACCGCAGAUCCAGUCACCUUUUUGGAGAAUGGAUAAUUUGCUAAGUGUCUGUCUGAAUUUUGAGUCUUGCGUCUAGACCUUCUUGCCUACUGACUCAUUAUGUCACAAGAUAGAAGAACCUGCGGCAGACAUCAGAGACAGAUGUCCUGGUCCUUGUUGCUAUGUCUUCUGUUCCUGGUGUCACCAUGCAUGGGGUUCUUUCCCAACUUCUGGUCCAAAGUUUUGAUUCUGUCCUUUGACUCAUACACACACCAGUCCAUCACAGAACAGGCCAUCAUCAAAGUUUCCCUGGAGGUCCUGAGGGACACCACAAAACAGCACGACCUCCAAGGAGAGAAAAAUAUUUACCUUGGCCGUGGAUUCUGGAGAGCCGUGAGAGAUGUGGUGAACUCUAAUGCAGACAUGGACCUUAAGAGUGGCACUGCAGCUAAUCCAGUUUACCACUUUGACUCAGAAAGAAUUGACGACUCUAUUGCGAAGCUUCGGGAGUUCUGGACUCAGAUUAUUCUCUCAGUACGAGCCAAAGAGUACGCGAGUGCCCGUCACAGCUUGGGCCAGUUGUCCCAUGCCUUACAGGAUUUCUACAGUCAUAGUAACUGGGUGGAGAUGGGCAAAAAAUCAAUUUACCUGCAUCUCCUGCAGCCAGAUGAGCCUCCUUUUCCUUUAGCUAAAGAAGAUACACCGACCUGCAAGGACUGCUUCACUCCUAGCUGCAGAAACAAUCUCCUACUGUCUCUGAAAAACUCAAACCUGCUCACCACCGGGUACACCAGCAGCUCUUUUCCCUUUAAGCCUAAAGGCAAAUGUAGCCAUGGAGGCAUUUUUGACAAAAGUAGACUUCUGAGCGCCAGAGGGGGGAUCAACAAAGACACCAACUCAUUUUUCUUCUCCCCUCACCAUUACCUCCAUGUGGAAGCUGCAGGUUUGGCUGCCAUAGCUACCCAGACUGCCCUGAGAGAUCUUAAAGACACUGUGGGCCCCAAGGCCUUCCUCAAGCUCUUCAGCGUGAGGCAGGCUCCAGCUUUGGUGUUUGUCAUGGACACCACAGGCAGCAUGUUUGAGGAGAUCACCGCCGCCCGACUCAGGGCUCACUCCAUCAUCCAGAGCCGAGCCAGCCAAGCAGAGCAGCCUGGCACCUUUCUGCUUGUGCCCUUCCAUGAUCCAGAAUUUGGACCAGUUUAUAAAGCUGAUGAUCCAAACCAGUUCAUGCAGCACAUGGAGGCCCUGAUGGCUCUGGGAGGAGGAGAUGAACCAGAAAUGUGUUUUUCUGCCAUUCAGCUGGCCCUCACUCACAGCCCACCAGAGUCUGAAAUCUUUGUGUUCACUGACGCUUCUCCCAAAGACGCUUAUCUCUUUGAUGCCGUGAAGGCGCUCGCGCUUGAGAAACGGAGCAAGAUAACAUUUCUCCUCACUGAAGAGCAGACACCGAAACGGAGUAGGAGGAAGAGGAGCAGUAAGAAACCUCUAUCUCCCAAUCGUUUCUCUCUCUACUCCUCCCUGUCGGUCGCGUCAGGAGGAAUGGCUGUAUUCACCACCAACUCUGACAUUCACAAGGUCUCCACCAUAGUGGAGGACAACACUGCUGUGGGCAAGGUGACCCUCCUCCGUGCAAAAAGUGAUCCAGAGUUAAUGUCUGUGCAUUCCUUCAGAGUUGACAGUUCAGUAAAAAACAUCAUCCUACACAUAACGGGCACCAUGACUGAGUGUAUCCUCACCAGUCCGUCAGACAAAAGACAAUCUAUAUUGAGGGAGCAAGGCCAUCUAGCAGAGUUGGAGCAUUUCCAGGGUUUGUAUCGUAUCAAACUCUUGCCUCCUGUUCAGGCUGGUGAAUGGAAGCUGCAAGCCAAGAGUGACGAUCACCUAACCUUCACUGUGAUAGGUGACAGCAGUGUAGACUUCCUGUACUACUUUGCCACUGUGACUAAUGAUACACACCCAGGUCUGGCCAGAGUGGAGGGCAGUCCUGUGGCAGGUGCCCCAGCUUUCCUGGUGCUCACAGUGACAGGCCAAUCUCAAAAAGGGUUGUUUUACGCGACUCUGCUUGGUGCUGAAGGAGAGAGUCUUCAGGAGGUGAAGCUGAAUCAGUCUUCGUCUGCACCCACCCACGGCUUGGAGGAGCUUGUGGGCUUCGUGGACCACGUCCCCACAGUUCCCUUCAGUGUUCAACUUGCAGGCUCGGACAGCAGAGGGAACAAGCUGGAGAGAGUUUCCACAGAGAAGAUUCAGCCCACUCACGUUCAGAUAAAGAUGAUGUCGACCCCCCAGCUCGUACCAGGCCACCUCACAGUGGUGAUCUUCACCAUCUACAACCACGGUCCUGCUCAACUUUUUAAUCUAACAGCCGAUGAUGACUGUGGUUAUCUCCUGACGAGGGGGCCACACGGGUUGUUCGUUGAGGAACAAGACUCUUUUGAUGCAGAGGUGAGCCUCCUCACUCCUGCCACGGCUCAGGCUGGAGCGACUGUGACGCUCACGCUCACGGUUCACGCACUGAACUCACUGGAAUCAAACUAUGCAGUGACAUUUUUAACUGUGGUCCCUUUGGAUGCUGACAGAUCUCCACCGUCUUGCUCUGCUGCACGGCUCCACUCUGACUGUUCGGCGGAUUGCGCCAAGUCCAGCUGGAGAGUGUCUGUGGUCGUGUCUGAUGAUGUCCACUCUGGCCUCGCUGCCCUUCAGAUGCAGAAAGGCGACGGUGUUUUGACAGUUUUCCGCAACCCGCCAUCCACAGAGGACAGCUUUGAGGAGACCCUGCCCGACCUGGAGCAUCAACACCCACACAAAAACAAAACAACCGGCCACCGUCAGCAUCACCACCACAGAGCCAGGUUACGGACUGGGGAGGCCCUUCUGAAUGUGUCUGAUUGGAGACUGGGUUCAUCGCAGCCCCUGUGGGUCGUGUACACGUCCAGCUGCUGCUCAGCUCAAGCUGAGCUGCUGGUGUGGGACAAAGCUGGAAAUAUGAAGCGCUGCAUUCUGACAUCUGACCAGCAGAGGCUACAGAGUGACACGACCACAGAAACCAGUGGAACUGGACGAGCAGCACUGACAGGCGUCGUUUUCCUGCUGGUGGGCCUGCUGUGGUCUCCACUGAUGUAGAUCUAUGUAAUUACAAAUGUUUUGCUCCUAACUUCAUACAACCUGUUAGAGAAAAGUAUAACAGGAAGUGCACUUAAUUCAAAUAAAUGCUGAUCAUGCUUUAAUGUGGAACUACUAAUUGUAAAAUGCACCAGAGCACCAAAUGACAACUUUCCUAAUAGGUUAUGAAAAAAAAAAUUAUGUUAAAAGUAAUAGAUGGUACAUUUCAGUGAGAAAAGUGUAGGGUAGCACUGAAAUGUUCAUAGCAGGAAGAUGAAAAAGGAUAAAUAAUUUUAGUACCACCCACACCUAUUGGCACCACUGAUAAAGAUGUGUAAAAAGCCUCCAAAUACAUGAAUCCUUUGUUGCGACAGCAUGAUCUCUCACCGCAAACUUUUGAUGAACGUAAUAUUUCAUUUGAAUACAGUUAUUUAGUAGGACGGGAAAACAAUGGGUAACAAUUACCUUUAAGAAAAUUUCUGGUUUCACACUUCUUCGUACCUCUCCUGUUAAUUCUCUGAACAUUUCUCUUUUACCAUUAGAACUUAAUAGUCUCUUCUGGAGACCACUGAGCAAGGGAGUUAUUUCUCCAUUCCUCUUUCUACAAUGUCUCUAUACAUCCAGAUGUGUAUUUCCUCCCAUCAGCUCACUCCACAAAUGUUCUCAACUAUCUUUAGGGACUGAGAUGGUGAUGGAACUUUUGUUUUGUUUCUGUUAAACUUUUUCUUUUGAUUUAGCUAUUUUGACAGCUACACUGUCAAAAACCCAAUGAUUACUGAUCUUAACUUGCCUGGCGGGGUCUCAGAAAUGCUCAGGCGUUUCAAAGAGCCACACACUCCAAAAAGACUUCACACACCUUUAGGAUGGGAACAGGUUCACAGCAUCACAGAUCAUCAAAAUUCGCAAGAUAAACUAAACUUCAAAGUAAUAUUUACCUUUCUGUGUGUUUGGUUAAUAUUUGUUAAGGAAUGAAAUUGGCUAAUAAAAACAAAUCAUCACAUCAUGCUCCCCAACCACCACCCACUGAGAGCAGGGUGUAUUUAUACUCAAAUCUGUCUGUGUAUGUGGCAUUCUCAACCAGUCCAGUUCGUUCUUUGGUUGGUGCAGAUCUCUUGACUUGCAUUUUGCUACAGUACAUUUGACACAGCACAUUUCCUUUUAAUAAAAAACAUACCUGGACUUAUUUUGAGCAGUUCUUAAAGAUAGGCAACAAGAUUCUAUG